ACAACGUCUGCCGAGGAAGCCCACCGCAAAGAUAAGAGAAUCAUGCCGCAGAUCACAUCUUCUGAAGUUAUGGAGGCUCGCAUUGAAGAUGGCGUCGUCUAUUCACCGUAUCCAAACGUGGACAUUCCAUUGUGUUCUUUCUAUGCGCUGGUAAAGGACAACCUUCGUCAAAACAUCAACAAGACUGCUUUGGUGGAUGGCCCUGCACGUGUUACGCGAGGGCAGUUACUGGCGCUGAUGGAGUGCUACGCCGUCGGCUUCCAGCAGCAUGGCGUGGGUGCAGGAGACAGAGUGUGCGCCCUUCUCACUAACAGCCUAGAAAACUUGGCCGCCAUGUAUGGGUGCGCUUUUGCUGGUGCAACCUUAAUCUUGGCCAAGACUUCUGUUACCGAACGUGAACUACGAAAUCAAAUCACCAGCAGCGAUAGCACCCAUGUGUUGGUCGACGCGAAACUGGCUGAGAAAGUGAAAGGCGUCACUUCUACCAUUUCUCUGAAGGUCGUGGAUCCCGUGUUCUACGAGAAACUCGGUGCCAACCAAACUGGCGAGAUCUGGUUCCGCGGUCCAACAGUCAUGCUUGGGUACUACAAGCAUUCCGAAGAGACCAUCGAGUUCUUCGACAGCGAUGGAUGGGGGAAAACGGGUGACGCAGGUUACUACGACAAAAAUGGACGCUUCUUCUUCGUACAGCGGCUGAAGGAAAUGAUAAAGUGCAUGGAGAACCAAGUUGCUCCAGCCGAACUGGAGGAACUCUUACUUCAGGAACACCCGGAAGACAUCGCUGAGGUGGCGGUGGUGGGGCUGGCUGACCCCCGCUACGGAGAGGCGCCUGCAGCCGCCGUCGUGCCCAAGGACAAGAAAAUGAUUGUUGACCAUUCGGACUUUCGGGAAAGGAUUCAAGCUACCAUUGCAGAAAAUAUGGCUGUCCAUAAGCAUCUGUACGGCGGCGUCUUCCUCUUCGACUCUUUGCCGAAGAACGAGAUUGGCAAAGUGAACAGAAGUGCUCUCGUCCAGAAGAUAGCUGCCACGACACCAUCGUAGAAUGCAUUCCCUGUUUUGGAGAAAGGCCUGUCGGAAGUACAAGACUACACGUCGGUUUCGGGAAGCGAAAUUUCAACAGCACCAGACUGAGGUUGCCCGCCAAUGUUACAUGUAAAACUUGUAGCGAAUCGCCGCUGACACAUUGGGCGCUCAUUUUACGCUGUCAGUAGGCUCCGUUAGCAGUGUUGCCGACUGAAAAAAGACCAAUGAAGACGGUGAACAUUAUACGAUAAGUUCUCUUAAUAAAGCCAUAGCAGUUUAUGUGUUCAUUCUUCAUUAAAC